CUGUUUGGGACUUCUGACAUCCAUCAUGUUGCACCAAAGGCAUACGCUAAAUGCGUUCUUUUGUGUAGUGUAGUCGAAUUCGAUUGGUGUACGGCGUACGAGAGAGCAGACAGCCAAUCCGCUCAAGCCUUGUUAACAUGUUGGAACAAUAACACAACUUGUUUCUUCAAGAGAUAACGGCUUCAGUUUUCGGUAUGGCGAUGGAUAGUGCCUCUGUGUACAUGUGCUUCCCCUGCUACCAAGAGUUUGACACACUGGAGGAGGUGCUGGCCCACCAGCUGACCUGCACCACAGAGAACGUGGGGAGUGGGGCCCCCACCCCCGUCUCCAUCCCCUUCCUACAGACUCAGCAGCAGAUAUAUACCCAGCCCAUUGCUCCAUUGCCUGCCCCUCAGACCAAGGCCAGUGUCUCCUCUGUGAUGCCCAGCUCUGGUGCACCAGGUCUGGCCAUGGCUAGCCCAAAUAAGCCUUCCUCCGGAGAUCAGCCCAAGAUCCUGUACCAGUGUGGAGACUGUGACGCCCUGUUCCACUCCCUGAUCCUCUGGCAGCAGCACCGCAAACAUGGUCAGUGUCUGCAGACCAAGGCAGGACCCACCCAACCACAACCAGACGAGACCGGCUCUGGAUCUGGAUCAGAACUGGCCCCAGAGGGAGAGGGGAAGCACAGUCAGGCUGAAAUGGAGGUGGACCUGGGUCCAGAUGAACCGAAUGAACCAAACUCAACGGAUGACCAAGAAGGAGGAGGGGGCAGAGGAAGAGGAAGGAGUCAGGAGAGGGCACAACAAACUCAGCAGGAGCAGGAUGUAGUGAAGUCUCAGCUGUCAGCAGAGAAAGAGGAGGAUGGGAUGAGUGCAGAGGACAUAUCAGCCACCCUGGAUCACAUGUAUCUGCCAAACGCCACCAACAGAGGGCAGGAAGGAGGCAAGGAAGAGCCAGAAACAGAGAGCAUAGGGGAAUCCACUGGUUCUAAAGCCUCUGAGAUCCAGGCUCAGGCAGCUCAUUCGUCUACAGAGGCCCAGUCUGCAGCAGACAGACCCCCAGACCCCGCUCCCUCCCAGGACCCCCCAGCCGAUAACCCUGAGCAGACGUCCUACUUCUACAGGAUAAAGGCAGCCAAGAAGCUCAAGCCCCCGUCCAGCCUGCUGUGUGUGGACUGUGGCUCCAGCUUCGGCAUGGUGUCUGAGCUGGUCACCCACCGCAAGUCCCAGCAUGGCCUCAAGGAAGCCCUGCACCACUGCACUGUGUGUGGGGAGAGCUUCCUCAACACCACCCUCUUCCUCUACCACCGCAAGCAGCACAAGGAGAAAGGCAAGGAAGGGGUCACACAAACCCAGGCCCAGGGAGGACAGACGCAGGAUGCAGAUUACCAGGAUUACAAAAUAGUAACACUGCAGCAAGAGGUGGUGGAAGAGAUGGUGGAAGAGUCUAAAGAGGAGACAGUGGGGGUGGCGGAUUCCCAGUACAAUGGAACUGAGGAACAGAACCAGAAUGAAACCUCCUCUACUUCCACUGUCUCUACCUGUGCUCCGGUUCAGGUGCCUAAGGUGGUCCAGAGUUUCCUGUGUGCCCAGUGUGGAGCCUGCUUCAGUAAAGAGCCAGAGCUCAGUGCCCACCGUAGGGACAAGCACGGCCUGAACGAGCCCCUCCACCACUGUUCCCAGUGUGGCCAGAGCUUCAUGAACACCACCCAGUACCUUUACCACCGACGCCAGCACCGUGGGGAACCAGGGACUGGAGCAGGAGCAGCCACACCCCCCCAGGGAAGCCCCCGCGCCCCCAAGAGGAUGCUGUCCCCACCUGCCGCCUCGUUCAGUGCUGCGUCAGGCUCGCCAGCGAAAAUACCUGCUAUCAGGAUACGCAGCAUCAACGAUCUCAAUGAGAACAAAGACCAGGGUAAAGAGGUGAAUCCAGUCAUCCUUAAGGAAGAGCAGGAGGAGAAUACUGUAGUGGGGGAACAACUGGACACCAACCUCCCUCCUCCAGCCAAGCUGAUGCAGGACUGGUCCCGCACCCCUCUCCCCCACGUCUGCCCCCACUGUGGCCAGACCUUCACACGCAGGGGGUUCCUCCGCGCUCACGUCUUCAGCCACACCGGAGAGAAGCUCUUCACCUGCAAGGUGUGUCAGAAGUCGUUUGCGUCCUCUCCCAACCUGCUGCGCCACAGCCUGACCCACAUGGGCACCAAACCUUUCCCCUGCUCCGUGUGUGGCAAGCGCUUCUCCCAGCCGGGCGCCCUGAAGAGGCACGGCCUCACCCACAGCCAGCCCAAAUCCCGCCGCCGCAGGUCCCGAUGGAAGAAGAGGACACCAGAGGGGGAGGAUGGAGAAAGCCAGCUGUUCGCCUGUCCCAACUGCACUGCUCGCUUUCAGACUGACCAACAGCUGCAGGAGCACAGACUGCUCCACACCAGCCACCCGUUCCCCUGCUCUGUCUGUGGAGAGGCCUUCAAACGCAGGAAGGAGCUGGACCUGCACUCCCUCAUUCACCAAGAUAAGGAGCCAGUGUUGUGCCCCCACUGUUCCUCCCAGUUCUUGAACCAGUCAGUGUUGGACAUCCAUCUGCAGCGCUGUACCAGCUCAGAGGAGGACAAGACUGUGGGCCGUGGCCGGGGACAGGGACGGGGACGCUCCAUGGGACAGGUGGAGUGUGAUAUGUGUGGUCAUUGCUGUAUGACCCAGGAGGGUCUGGACCUCCAUCGGCUGUCCCAUACGGGUCAGACCCCCCUGCGCUGCCCCCUGUCCCCCUGCAGACGGCGCUUCGCCUCCAGCUCGGCCCUCGGGGAGCACAUUGUGGCCCACUGCCAGGGGACUAUGGGGAAGGGCCGCGGCUCCAAGAGGUUCCACUGCCAGAUCUGUGGGAAGGACUUUGCCUACACCUCCACCUUCAACGUCCACAUGAGGAUCCACACCGAUGAGAGGCCCUUUGAGUGUUCUACGUGUGGGAAGCGUUUCCGCCAGCUGCCCCACCUCAAGGACCAUGAGCGUAUCCACAGCGGCCUGCGGCCCUUCUGCUGCUGGGUGUGUGGUAAAGCCUUCAGUGUGGCCGGCCGUCUUACUGAGCACGCCCGCAUCCACAGUGGAGAGACGCCCUACACCUGCCACCGCUGCCCCUCAGCCUUCCGCUCACGCUCCAACCUCGACAAACACAUCCGUCUCCAUGACGACGGAACAGAUGGAACCACAGCCAACGACGUAGAGGCUGAAGGGGCGAGGGUGCUCUUGUCUACAGGGACGGGAUUGGGUGGCGAGGGGGAGUCGGCGGUGCAGACCAUUCUGCUGGUCCAGACGGAUGGAACCACAGAGGGGGUGAUGGUGCCGGCCGUACCCGUCUCAGAGCACUCCUCUGGGGCUAUGUUUUCUGGGCAGGCUGGGUCCUCCCAGGUGGUGUUCUUGGGUGGUCAGGCCAUCUCUGUCCCCUCCCUGUCUGCCAUCAUGGAGGGACAUGAGAUCCCCUCGGUCACUGUGGUAGAGGGACAGGAUGUACCACACACCAUAGAGUUCAUCCUAGAGGAGACCAUCUCAUAGAGGGGACUGUAGAGGGAAGAAAGGAGAGAGUUUGUGAUAGAAUGUAUUAGAGAUUAGUGUUGAGUUAAAUCAAGAGGUAUAGUUUUUGCAGUUUCCUCAGUGCCGGGACUAUUCUUGUUAAAUGGUCCGAUAUAUUGUUUAAUCGACUUAAAUGAUCUACGCAUCUACAUAUGAAUUGAUUUUGGCAGAGUUUAGUGAAGGAUCGGAUAUGUGGCCCUUAAGCUUUGAGAGGUGCUUGAAAGAGCAGAAUUGAUUUUAAAUGUUGAAAUCAUGCAGCGAAGCCAGUGAAGCAAGCAGCAGUUGUAUGGUAAAGCAUUUAUCCUGUUUACAAUGAGAAGUUGAUUGAAAAGCUGAUUGUAAAAGUAUUCCCAGAGUGUGUACCGUUAAUAUUAUUUAGAGUGAGCUUUAUCAGGGUUGGACUUGAGUCGCCCAUAAAAUGUCCUCUGUUUUCUUUCUAAUAAAAGGCUUCAGCUUUCA